AUGCGACCGGCUACGUCUGAGGAAGCUGAUCGACCGAAAACAUACUUUGGAAUGCCUGUUACACCUAAGGUGGUCAUGGGUGCUUGUUUCACGAAGAUGGUCCAUGAAUGUAGUUUGCGGAUCAACUGCGCUGGUUCAUGGAUACAUCCGGGGACAGGCGCACAGUUCCUGCUCCUCGGAUGCGAGGAGGGAAUCUAUGCUGUCGAUACAAAUAAGCUUUAUGAUGGAGAUUUGAAUAAGAUCCAUCAUAGACGAUGCUCGUGGUUAUAUGUACAUCAUGAUGUACUCAUGGCCAUGCAAGGCAGGACCUCCUAUCUGUACAGACAUGAUUUGGUGGCACUUUCUCAGAAGAAUCUCACUUUGCGUAUCAGCAAACCAAUCAACAAAGUACCCGAGAGAUACAUUCCCAAAAAACUUGCGAUAACGGUUAGAUUGCCAGAGACCAAAGGUGCCAUGCAGUGCACCACUUCACGGGGUACGGGCCCACAAGCAGGAUCCGUGUUUCUCUGUUGUUGUACUCCUUCUUCAGUUUUGUUGUUUCAAUGGUUGUUUGGUGUCUCCAUUUCAGCUGGCGCUGCUGGAAUGGAGACACCAAUGACAACAGAUUUUUCGUUGUUGGAUAGUUUCACCCCGUUUUAG